CCUACAACCACGAAAACAACAACACAAAGGGGCCCGAAACGAACUUAAGGCUCAGCAUAACCAAUACUACACCCCAAUCGACACUCUUCAACCACCUCCAAUCCCUCAACCGACGAAAGAAACCAUGUCCACCGAACCCAACCCAUCAGCCCAAAGACCAGGCGCCUCCCCCUCACCACCUCCUCCCGCCCCGGUCCCCCUAACACCAGGCCCGCGCGCCUCCAAACUACAAGAGAUUUUCGACAAGGCGCUCGCGCGCACGCUGCGCGCAAACUCGUAUGCGAAUUUCAGCGGGUGUUUUCCGACGCCGGCGAAACAUGUCCCGGCUAGCUUGGAGAGCGUGUGGAGACAGUUGAAUGCGAAGUUGGAGGAGAGCGCGAAGGCCGAGUUCGAGGAUAUUCUGGCCGAGAGGGAUGCUGUUAGGCAGUUAAAUGAGUUGGAUCGGUUGGUUGGGGAGGCGAAGGUUAGGAAGGAUAGAGGAGUCGGUGGGGAUAGUGUUGCGCCGCAUACGUUAAGUCCGGAGGAAUUGUACAAAGCGCAUCUGUUGCCGCAUCUGAUGGAGACGCAGGCGGAUUUGGAUGCGAAGAUUAAUUCGGUGCAGAAUCAGAAUGCGGAGUUGGCUGAGAAGGUCCAGGCGCAGAGGUCUGAGAUUGAAAGUUUGUUGUCGGGGUUGGAGGCUGUGGUUGCUGAUUUGGAGGGUGCUGCGGCCGCGACGACGCAGUUUACGAGUGAGCAUCAGCUUCGACAGGAAGCUGCGCAGAUGGAUGGAGAGGUUAAGGCUAGAUCUGAGAUCUGAUCUGGUGGCUUGGGAUUUUUACGAUGGCGGGGACAGCCCC